AUGUCGAGUCAGUCUGCUUCUCUUGUUCAUGGUCUGGUGAAUUACAAAUAUCGUGAAGCGGCAAGAAUUGAUAUUGAAAAGGCAUCUCAGGCUUAUCAUAGUCUUCAAGUAAAGCUGCAAGAUUUCACUUUUGAAAAUGGGCAAACUAGCAAGCUUCUUUGUAUGGAAGGGACUAUACCCGUCAAAUACAUGGGAAACGUGUACAACAUCCCAUUAGCUGUUUAUUUUGUCCGUCAACACCCUUAUCAUCCUCCCAUCGCUUAUGUCCGUCCAACCUCGAGCAUGCAGAUUAAAGCUGGCCCAAACGUUGACACAAAUGGAAAGAUCUUCCUUCCUUAUCUAUCAGAGUGGAACUUUCCGGAUUCAUCAACACAAGGCCUUUUAGAGAUUCUUCAGAAUGUCUUUGGUCAGCGAACACCAGUCUUUUCCAAGCCCACAACCGGCUCUGUUGGAUUUAACGCCAACAUUACGUCCUCGAACGGUUACGCAUAUGGGAUGCCUGGGGUGGGAUGGGGAGGAAUGCCAGGCCUGCCAGGGUCCACUAAUCCCGCUCUGAGUGGCAGCGCUACGCCACAGUCCUCCCUUUUUGGUGGGGUCAUGCCUUCCAUGCCCACUGUCUCCACUGCGUCAACCUUCAUGGGCAGCGCCACCAGCUUUCCUGCAAGUGUAGUGUCGGAGGAGGAACAGCUGUUGUUGUCGCUUCGAUCCGCUGUCAUGGAUAAGUUGAACAAUGUGCAACGCGAGGUGGUGGACGAUCUGAGCUGCGAGAUCCAGUCGCUCGAAUCGACGCAAAAGGACCUUAUCUCGCACGCUGACAACCUCGUCACUAUCCAAGCGCAGAUGCUCUCCGAGCUGGAGCAGAUACAAUCUCUGACGCUUGAGUUGGAGGAUAAGACAAGGGAGUACAAGGAGGCCUAUCGAAAGCUGAAACAGGAGGCGAAUGUCAAAGUGGACUACGACUCGGUUGUUGAUACCACGAGGCCUGUCUAUCGGCAGCUAGUUGAGGCCUUCGCAGAAGAACAGGCGAUUGGGGAUGUGCUAUACUACCUUUCACAGGCCCUGGAAAAUGGCGCCAUUGAACUGGAGGACUUUCUUAAGGUCGUGCGGGAUCAGUCGCGGAAUCAAUUUAUGCAACGCGCCACGGUGUGUCAGUGUCGGGCCAAAGCGGGCUUGCCGUUGAAAGGAGGAGUGAAUUUUCCAGCUGAAUCUUCAUUAGGUGAACUGGAAUAUCGAUCAGCUGUAUUACCGACAAACCAGAACGCCGGAACUUUAGAAAAUCAACAGAUUAUGACCCCAUCUGAUUUUCAGUAUUUUACAGUUUAUGCAUGUAAUGGAGAACAGACCAAACGAAAUUGCUCAAAAUCACCAACACAGAUGAGGAUAGAAAAUGACAUUGCUGAAAGCCUAAGCAAUGAGUUUAUGUCGCUAAAUCGCAGGCGCCAGAUUGAAAGGGGGAAAGAACUUCUUCGGAUUAUAGAACUAGGUUUGGGUGAUUUUCGAGAGAUCUUCAACCUCCAGCCAAUGGAUGCGUACUCUAGUUACGUUCUGCGGCUUUGUCAGGUAGAGCUUUCCCAUGCUCAGUCGCAGACAAUGGAUGAUUGCCUCUCUAGGGAGGUACAAACUGAGAGGUCACGAACGGCUCCUUACUCGUCAUGGACUCAGAUCCCUCCAGCCUACGAAGGCGGUCAUUCGGGACACGUCCGCUAUGCCCUUAUUCCUAGUCAAGACCAACAGACACUGGCUGAGUUGGAAUGCGUUCACUGCAAGUUCUUGGACCACCACCUCCUCACUCUUCAUCGACUAAAGUCGCCUCAUAGUAUGGAAAAUCUACGAGGCCCUUUACCUGGCGAUUUAGCGUGCGUUUGGAAAGUCAAUGACCAUUCUGGUCAAGGAACCCUCGAGCAUGCACUGAAGUGUCCUGGACUUUUGCCGAUGUCUGGACGUGGCAUCGGUGAUGUCUGGGGAUAUGGAGAUGGGAUAGUAUCUGUGCUAUCAGAAACCAGCUCAGAGUUUACUAUGAUAGUGGGAGGCCUUAGUGACGGAACUUUGGUUGUCUGGGCUAUAGGUUCCGAAAUAUCUCCUCUUUAUCCGUCCGAUAAUGUUUCGAAGCAGGGCUCUUUCCUUCCCAAGAUCUUUGAGCAUGCGAAAUCACCAGACUACUUGGCUUCUUUUGCUUUUUCGGAGGAAGAUAAAAGUUCCGAUUUCAGAACCUUUCCAACGUCCCCGAUCGUCGCACUGAAGUCAUUAAUGCGAGAAUCGAUCUUAUCCAACAGUUUUCAGUUCUGCUCCCUUGAUAAUCGAGGAAAUGUGAACAUUUGGAUGGCUCUGCGUUUGCAGCCUAAGAGGAGUUGUGAUAUUAUCGGGCCGAGUGCUGAUUUGGGACUGCGACCUGGCGGCCGUGCUCGGCUGAUUCAACUAGCAAGGUUUACUUAUGAUACUCAAGGCAGCCAUUUGCGCCCAGUCUCCAGCGGGAUCAACGUUUCUCUGGCUCCAUUCACAACAUGUCUAGAAGUAUGUCGAACGUCAGACAAAUUCUUCAUUGGAUCAGCGGACGGCAACAUCAGACAAAAGUGCCGCGUGCCUAGUCAGUGCAUCUAUCCCAGAGACUUCAAGCUGUCUUUUGCCGAUGCAGCUGUCACCUGUCUUGCUUUGCAUCCCUUCCUGCCAAAUGUUCUGAUUGCAGGUUACUCAGAUGGGCAGCUAGCUCUCUACCUGACUCACCAUCCACAUCCCAUCUUCAAGUGGCUGAUCAAGGUACAAUCUGAUCGGCCCUCAAUCGGUGUCAGAAAGGUUAUCUGGUCCCCCCAUCGUCCAAAUGUGACCUACUGUCUAGCUACGGACGGCGACAUUAUAGCAUGGACCCUACUCGAUGGGGAGCAAGCAACUAUGAAGCCCCGUGCUCAAACCCUCAUCAUUGGCACCAUCAGAGAGCGUAGGGUGGUUGAUUUCUCUGUAGCCAGAGGUUGCAGUGGCUGUCUGGCCGUCUGCUGGCAGGACGGGGCUGAAAUCCAUUGGUUAAAGGAGGAUUUGGUUGUGAGGCAAGAAGAUGAACUUCUGGCUUUGGAAAGUGUAUUAAAUGGACUUCUUUGA